AUGACCCACCGAGAUGUGAGGAUAGCUGUCUGCGGCGACGAGGGCUGCGGAAAGUCAAGUCUGGUGGCAUCUCUAGUCAAAGAUACCUUUGUCAGCAACAAGAUACAGCCCGUUCUACCGCCUAUAACGAUACCUCCCGCAAUUGGCACCCCUGAGAACGUGACAACAACCGUCGUCGAUACUUCUGCCCUACCACAAGAGCGUCCGAACCUGGCACGAGAAGUCCGCAAGUCGAAUGUUAUUCUCCUGGUCUACUCGGAUCACUACAGCUAUGAAAGAGUUGCGCUUUUCUGGAUGCCAUACUUUCGUUCCCUCGGUGUCAAUCUGCCAGUGAUACUGUGCGCCAAUAAAUCAGAUGUGGACAAGGAGGUCACCUCGGCACAAGUCGUCGAGGAGGAAAUGCUACCAGUCAUGGCAGAAUUCAAGGAGAUCGAUUCGUGCAUUCGAACCAGUGCCCGAGAGCAUUUCAAUGUCAAUGAAGCUUUCUUCCUCUGCCAAAAGGCUGUCACGCAUCCCAUCGCCCCGCUCUUCGACGCCAAAGAGUCAGUCAUGAAGUCUCCUGCAAUCGCGGCGCUUCAGCGGAUAUUUUAUCUUUGUGACAAGGACAAAGACGGUUUUCUCAAUGAUAAGGAGAUGGAGGAGUUUCAGCUUAAGUGCUUUGACAAGACGCUGAACCAAGAUGACCUCAGAAACAUCAAAGAGACCAUCGAGAGCAUGUCAUUAGAUGCAGUCACCGAGCACGGAAUUACGGUACAAGGCUUUCUUCUGCUCAACAAGCUGUACGCCGAGAAAGGUCGGCACGAGACAGUUUGGAUCAUUCUGCGAACUUUUCAAUACACCGAUAGCCUGUCCCUGCAAGAGUCUUUCCUUCACCCGAAACUUGAGGUCCCAGAGUUUGCCUCCGCAGAACUGUCGCCUGCGGGAUACCGCUUCUUCGUGGACCUCUUCCUCACUUCAGAUCGUGACAAUGACGGUGGUUUGAAUGACCAGGAACUAGCCGCCCUCUUCGCGCCCACGCCAGGUAUUCCCCAUUCUUGGCUAGAGUACAACUUCCCUUCUUGUACAGUACGCAACGACGCCGGACACGUUACAUUACAGGGAUGGCUGGCCCAAUGGUCAAUGACUACGUUCAUGUCACCGAAGACUACCCUUGAAUACCUCGCAUAUCUGGGCUUUGAAUCACCAGACAGAUCUACCCCGAAUACCACGGCGGCUUUGAAGCUCACCAAGCCGCGCAAACGGAGGAGGCGCCCUGGCCGGACGGGACGAAAUGUGAUCCUCGCUCAUGUGCUUGGUCCUCCCCAAUCUGGCAAGUCGUAUCUGCUGGACGCACUGUUAGGCCAGCCCUUUAGCCAAACAUAUCGGCCAACGAUCCAGCCCAGAACAGCUGUCAACACAGUCGAGCUCCCUGGCGGGAGGCAAUGCUAUCUCAUUCUGAAAGAACUGGGCGAAUCAGAGGCAGCCGUGCUCGACAACAAGAGCAAGCUGCUUGAUCAGUGCGAUGUCAUGGUUUACACGUACGACUCAUCGGAUCCUGACUCAUUUGCGUAUGUUCCUAUGGUACGAAAGAACCACCCACAUCUAAACGAUCUGCCGUCGGUAUACGUGGCUUUGAAAGCCGACCUUGACCGAACUACCCAACGAGCCGAAUAUCAGCCUGAUGAGUAUACCACCGAGGUGGAACGGAUGCCUCAAGGGCCGCCGAUCCAUACCAGUGUGACAUGGCCGUCGAUACAGGAACUUUUCGUCACUAUAUCAGAGGCGGGUCUGGAGCCAAUAACUGCCUAUCCACGACCGCUAGAGGAUGAGGACAACGGAAAAUUGCUGCGAUAUGGAAUAGCAUUUGGAGCCGUAGUCUGCGCAGCCACUGCAGCUGUUAUCAUAUGGAAGCGAGCAGCAAGCGGCACCAGCUGA